AUCUCUACAAACUUUGUCCAGGGACAACAACGCGAAGUUAUUGUUGUGCAUCAGUCCGAAUGUGUACUUGAUCUCAAGUUCAAGUUCACUACUCAAUUCUUUGAUCCUGGCCACUUGCGCCGAGUAGUGCAAGCACGAUAAAUUCUCUCGCUAAUGGCAGGUCGGGGACGUGGUACAUAUUAUAAGAACCUUUAUGGUGGCGGGCGAGGAAGAGGCGGUGGUGGCAACGGGAGCGGUUCCCAGACUCCUCAAGGCCAGCAUCCUCACAAACGCUUUCGCGCGAAUGAUGAUCUUGCGCGCACGUUUGAUGUGUUACAGUCCGAGCUGCUCAGGUUGGAUGGAAAGUCGUAUCCGGCAUAUCGGGAUAUCGAAGGCUCAUGGGAUUAUUCCUAUUUUUGCUUGCAUGUCGACCAUGUCCAGAGCGACCCUUACGCUCCCCCGAGCAAACUUCGCCUGCACGUUAAACAUGACGCGGCUAAGUUCCCUAGGGACCUAUACUUAAACUCAAUACGGACUAUAGCUCUAUCUGACUUCCUCACACGACGCCUGGUCAAUGCUGUCGUCACUAAAUCGCUCGGUUCGAGAUCAUCGGGAUGGGGAGGGGCCAAGGGUGGAGAUAUCAAUGUUGACAAACCUGGCCAACAAAUCCUCCAGAGAAGCUCGAUCGUCAUCGGUGACACGGGAAUUGAGGCGCGCUUUACGCUUGGUCUUCCUGCACAAGGUCGAACUAUCAUGGGCCAACUAGCAACAGAGAUAUUCCGGUCGGAAUUGCCCUCCUUGGCGAAACAACUGGUAUAUGCGUCUCAUGAUGCAAAGGAGCUUGACUUGUAUAUUAAAAGCAUAGAAGACCAGGAGACUUUGCGGGAGCUCGUUCGAUCAGCCGGUCUAUCCGCGUUUGUGGCCAAUGGCGCACUCCUCCCGCGAGCAAGCGGGGCUUCAGAUCUGCCUCUACGCCACUCAAGCCUUGUGAAAUUCAGGUCGCCCGCGAAUCUGGAGCGCAAGUUCACGUUACCGAGUGGCCGCGAGGUUUCUGGCAUGGGCAUACCAGAAGGCAUCACCCUGAUCACCGGAGGCGGUUUUCAUGGAAAAUCAACGCUUUUAGAUGCCCUAUCCAUGGGAUGCUACAAUCAUAUUCCAGGAGAUGGACGAGAGUUUGUCGUAACUUCGUCAUCAUGCGUCUCCAUUCAAGGCGAAGACGGGCGGUCAAUCGAGAAUGUUGAUAUUUCUCCCUUUAUCAACAACCUCCCCGGCGGAUUAUCCACCACCUCGUUCUCCACGAAGGAUGCGAGCGGAAGCACGUCAAUGGCGGCCGGGGUGAUUGAGGCGCUUGAGCUCGGCGCCGACACCAUUCUCUUUGACGAGGAUACUUGUGCUACGAAUUUCCUCAUCCGCGAUAGACGAAUGCAGAGGCUCAUCAAAGCGGAUCCCAUCACGCCUCUAAUCUUCAAAAUCCGUUCCAUGUACAGAGAACACAGAUGUUCGUCGGUGCUUGUUAUUGGUGGUUGCGGUGAUUAUUGCGACGUUGCCGAUCUGGUUCUUGAAAUGCGAAACUACGAGUGCCACGACAUCACGGAUGCAGCACGGUCCAUAUCACAAGAGAUCCCGUCUGUGGUCUCCGAGCAUGAGGACGUCGCAUUUGGCAAAGUCGCGCAUCGACACCUCAAUAUCAGAACACUUCCCCUCCCUGGAGCAAAGCUUGCCGUCCGUGGUCGUGCGACGAUUCAAUUUACUGAGGACAAUAGCCUCAACUUGAACUCGCUCGUGCAGCUCUGCCACGACAGCCAGACGAGGUCUAUCGCAUCUGCUCUCAAGAAGAUAGCAAAGGAGAAAGAUACAACCAUCACAGACGCACUACGCAGGAUCAGUGAGAAUCUGGACAGGCAGGGGCUAGAUGUCUUGAUGGAGGAAGGAAGGAUUGAUGGCUUCUUAGCGAGGCCGCGAGCGUUGGAGCUUGGGAUGGCUCUGAACCGGUUGCGUUGAGCAUAGGUCGAGCUGAAUAAUUUAUAAACAGAGUGUAUCGCCGCGUCGGCUCACAGCCUGUCCACCUCAAGACUUUGGAGCUGCAAUCUCCAGUAGAAAUAUGUAUUAAUACAUCUC